CGUACCGACGGUUCGAUCAAAAAAAAUCUCAUACUGGAAGCGAAAUCAGUAGAAGAUAUUUAGCGGUAUGAAAUGGUUGAACCACGAUUAAACCACGUUUUCAACAUAAAAUAUCCUACCAUUAACUUGUACGAUAUAACUUUUGGUAUGAUUUUUAAUCCUUAUUAUUUAGACGUACAUAUUUUCUCCCGCACCAAGGUGGGUCCCGGGACCCACCUUAGUAUGCACUGGCUCCGCCACUGGGUCCAAUCAAAUUCAAGAAGGCAUAAUGAAAGAUAACUUCUUUGGACCUGGUAUUAGGGUUGGUAAACGGUUAGUUGGUUUUAACUGAUAUUAGUCGUUAGUGGUUAGCCGAUGUCCGAAAACUUCUUAGUGGUUUGGUGUCGGUUAUCUGAUUUAAUAACUAUAGUGUUUAACCACCAGCGACUAAUCGAGUAGUGAUUAAUCGAUAAGAAAAUCAAUACCUGCCUAUUAACCACAUAAUUUUAGGUUUUGGCUAAGAGGAAAAGUUCCAACAUUCAAGACCAACCAAAGUCCUAAUUUCCAACAUCCCAAUUCUCACCUAUUGAAAACAACCCUCCACCCAAAGUCUCAUAUGUAUUAAAAGUCACAACCUGAAAGCGACCCCUUUCUAACUCCCCUUUGCAGUCGACAGUGUGAACUUCGCACUGUACUAUUUUUUGUUUCUUUGAUAUUUAUGAAUGAUGAUGAUCUUGCGGUGCUUGUGUUUGAUGUAUUGCUAGUUGGUAAUAGCUAAUUAAAUUCUUUGAUUAUUUUUAAUUUUCUCUUCAAAUUUGGAAUCAGAAUAUGAAAACACGAUGUGUGUUGUAUUGCAUGGUUAGUGUUGGAAGAAGGCAAGCUUGUGUGAGGCUCCAAUUGAGGAAACCUGAAGAAAAUGAUCGAAAAAGGAAAUUCCAUUCUCGGUAAAACAAUUAAGGAAGGUGUCUUCAAUCAAGAUUAAAGCAGAAUCAGCCUAAUUGAUUGUCUGAGGGUUAACGGCUAGGAGAAUGUAUGUAUAAAGAGUGAAAGGGUUGGGUAGAUAGCAGUAUCCUUUUCAAGAGAGAAUCAGAGCUUGAAAGGUUGGGUUUAGUUUGAAUUGCAGCAGGGAGCUGUAGGUUCAGAGCGAUUAUGAUCAGAGUGACAUGGAGUCAUCGAGAGAUCAAAGCUGAAAAUCACAAGAACAUAGUAUAACGCCAAAGGACUCAAGCAGAGUACCUUUGACCGUAGAUUAUUCGAUACUGAAUUCAUUGUAUCGGAUACCACGUAAAAAUAUCGUGUCCGAGCUUUACUUGUGUUUUACUGUGUUUCAUUUUAUUUCCAGUUCUUAUCAAAGUUCUUGAUUUGGUGCGAGUAUAAGUUUUUGUGUAAACAGGGUUUGAUCUAUUGGUUCGAGCAAAUAAGAGGGAAACUGUGUUUUCAAAACGCAGUGUUGUACUCAAGUGAAUUGGGCCAGGUUAACCAUGCAGAUCUGAUAACAAUCUCAGCCCAACCAUCUUCGAGAUCAAUCGUCAGAGUCGGUGUCGUUUUGAUAAACAUCAAAAGAGAAGUCUCUUUACCUUUCCCUUCGAUUGGUUUUUCUGCUCAUUUCAUCUUCUUCACUUGGCUUUGUCGAAAUCGAAAUUAGGGUUUUCAGAUUCCAUUUAAUUAAAGAACCAGAGGAGAUUGACACUUGAGUCUCACACUCGACUCAACCAACACGUGGUAUCAGAGCCCGGCUCCGCCAAGCAAGGGUUAACUACCUGCGGAGGAAAUGAGUUCGAGCACAAGCAAUGGCAGAGUGUUCAUGGCAUAUGGUUUUUCCCAAACCAAGCCUCCUAGAUUCGAAGGGGUUCAUUACGGUUACUAGCGCAAUCGCAUGGAAUUGUUCAUAGGGUCAACUGACCCUGAUCUCUGGAGUAUCGUGCUGGUGGACCACUUGAAGUGAAGGAGGCACGAGGAAAAUGGACGAACGAAAACAAGCAGAACUUCCAGUUGAACUCCAAAGCGACGAACCUCAUGUACUGUGCGCUAGGUCAGAGGAGUACCAUAGAGUCUCAGGCUGCAAAUCUGCUAAGGAGAUCUGGGACAAAUUGCAAGUGGCUCAUGAAGGUACUACUCAUGUCAAGAUAUCAAGAAUAAAUCGAUUGAAGCAAGAGUUUGAGUCAUUUGUGAUGAAGCCAGAAGAAACCAUCAAAGAGAUGCACGAUAGGUUUACUACUAUCGUGAAUAGUUUGAGGAAUCUGGAUGUGGAGUACAGUAGUGCUGAUCUGGUGAGAAAAGUGCUUUGGGCUCUCCCGAAACGUUGGACUCCCAAGGUUACUGCAAUCGAAGAAUCGAAGGAUUUAACUAAGCUGAGCUUGGAUGAACUCAUGGGUUCAUUAGUGACACACGAAGAAAAACUCAAAAGAGAAGGAGAGGAGGUUCGUAAAGAAAAGAAGAGCAUUGCGUUCAAGGUAUCUGCAUCAGAAGAAGAACUCGACUGCCUGGAAGACAUGGAGGAUGAAGAACUGGCCAUGCUAAGUAAGCAUGUGGCCAAGCUACUUAGACUGCGAAGAGAGAAGAAAAAAGGAGGCUUUCUCAAUCGCACAAGGGAAGGUGAUCCAGAAAAGGAGCAAUUGAAAAAGUUCAGAGCCAAUCCAAGAGUCAGACGUGAGUUAAUCAGCAAUGACAACAAGGCUGGGUCAUCAGCAGGAUGCUUCAAGUGUGGAAGAUGUGGGCACAUCAAAGUAGACCGCCCCCAAAUGAAGCGAGAGAAAGCAUAUACAGCCACCUGAAGCUGCAGUGAAGAUGAAGAGGAAGAGGUCGAGCCCAAAUAUGAAGCUUAUAUGGCCAUUGAUGAGAGCGAAGAUGAUAUGGAAGCAUCACUGGUCAGGAACUCUAACUACUAUUCAGAUUCAUGUGAUGAAAAUGGUCAAAUAAUAGAAACUAUAAGAGAUAUUCAGCCAGAAUUCAAAACUGUUAGAUCAAAACAUAUUAGAAUGAAAUCUGAAUUUGAGG